AUCUUACAAAUAAAGUUUGCUACGCAGCUAUUCCAAAACGGAAAAGUAUAAGUAAAUAAAACAAAUUCAAAAUAUUCAAUUAUAGUAUUUGGAAAAGAAAAGGGAAAACCCUAGAAAUGCCCACUAAAAUUAGUUCAAAUUGUUCAUUCAAUUUUCUAAAAACCCUAAUGCUCUAUUUUGUCUCUUUCUCACUCACUCACUCUUUGAGUACAGUUUUCUCCUCUUUAAAAGGUCUUUAAUGGCGACUUUUUGUUUUUUUGAGAUUCUCUGAACUCUUUUUUACAUAACUGAAGUCGUCUUUAAUUAAUGGUGGUUUUCUUUUCUUCUGAAAGUUUCUCCAGUUUCAUAUUUUAAUUUCUCUUCCUCUACCUACUCUGCUCUGUUCUUCUUGUAAGUUCUUUAAAGGUUCAGAUCUGACAAAACCUUACAGGAGAAGAGAGUUAUCUCUGUGUUUCUCCUCUGUUUUCACUCUUCUUCAUUCAAUUCUAUGUUCUGUUCUUGAAUAUUGAUACAAGUCCAGCUUAAAUUCUCCCUUUUCUGGAGGCAAAGUGAUUCUUGGCUCAGCAAACGUACAAAUAAUGCAGGCCCUUGGGAGCCCGCUCAACAGAAGUGUUCAUUUGAUGGAAACCAGUUGCGGUGCUUUACUCAGAGAACUUCAGAAUAUAUGGCAUGAGAUGGGUGAGAGUGAAUCUGACAAGGACCGUAUGUUAAUGGAACUUGAAAGAGAUUGUCUAGAGUUAUACAGAAGAAAAGUUGAGGAGGCAAGCAACGCCAAGGCACGCCUUCAUCAAUCUGUUGCGGCUAAAGAAGCUGAGCUAGCUAUACUCAUGGCUUCUCUUGGAGAGCUUAAUCUUCAUUCUCGGAUCCAAGCAGAUAAAAGGUCAACAUCGUUGAAAGAUCAGCUGUCAUCUAUCACACCGCUAUUAGAAGAUCUGAGAAUAGAAAAAGAUGAAAGAAUGAAACAAUUUAGCGAGAUAAAGGCACAGAUUCAGAUGAUCAAUGGAGAAAUUUCAGAAUAUAGUCAUCUCAAUGGUACUACUACAGGUUCUGCAGCUGAUUUGGCUGAACAAGAUUUAUCUGUUAGAAAGCUAAAUGAAUAUCAAGCAAGUCUCCUUGAACUUCAAAAGGAAAAGUCUGACCGACUACGUAAAGUUCUAGAUCAUGUAAAUGAAGUGCAUACUCUAUGUGGUGUGCUUGGAUUGGAUUUCGGAAAGACCGUGAGUCAAGUACAUCCAAGCUUAAAUGAGGCAGGUCCCGGAAAUUCAACAAACAUCAGUAGUCAAACAUUAGAAGGUCUGGACCAGGCAAUUGUCAAGUUAAAACAGGAAAGAAGAACUCGCAUUCAGAAGUUGAAAGCUGUCAUGGCAUCACUUUCGGAACUGUGGAACUUGAUGGAUUCACCCAAAGAGGAAAGGAGUCGGUUCCGGACGACAUUGUUCAUUAUUGGCAUGUCAGAAGCACAAAUUACAGAAUCUGGUGUUCUAUCAGUAGACAUUAUUGAGGAGGCAGCUGCGGAGGUGGAGCGUCUCACUAAACUAAAAGCCAGCAGAAUGAAGGAACUAGUUAUAAAACGGAGGUUAGAGUUGGAGGAUAUAUGCAGAAGAGCACAUAUUGAGCCUGAUACAAGCACUUCUCCUGAGAAGACUACUGCAAUGAUAGACUCCGGUCUUGUGGAUCCUUCUGAACUUCUAGCCAACAUUGAAGGACAGGUAACUAAAGCAAAAGACGAGGCUGGGAACAGAAAAGAAAUAAUGGAGAAAAUAGAUAGAUGGCUCUCAGCUUGUGAUGAAGAAAGAUGGCUUGAAGACUAUAACCAAGAUGAUAACCGUUACAGUGCUGGAAGAGGAGCACACAUAAAUCUUAAACGUGCUGAACGAGCUCGAGUGACUGUUACCAAAAUCCCAGCACUAGUUGACAGUUUAAUCAACAAAACCUUGUCCUGGGAAAAUGAAAGAAGAUCAAUGUUUCUGUACGAUGGAAUUCGACUUGUGGAGAUGUUGGAAGAUUAUAAAAUAAACAGACAACAUAAAGAAGAGGAGAAAAGGCGAUAUCGGGAUCAGAAAAAGUUACAAGACCUGCUUCUUACAGAGAAAGAAUCUAUGUAUGGAUCUAAACCUAGCCCAAGAAGAACUAACAGCUUCAGGCAAGCAAAUGGAUACCGUACAAUUGGAAAUGGAUCUAUGCCUGCGACACCUAGACGAGUCUCUGUUGGUAGUGCCACUCCUGAGCUCCUCACACCUCGUUCCAGAUCUGGGCGUCAUAAUGGAAAUUUCAAGGAAAUGAGGAGGAUGACAACUGUUCCACUGAAUUUCGUCUCAGUUUCCAAAGAAGAUACAAUGUCCUACGCAUCAAUCUAUGGUUCUGAGCCAGGCUCUCCUCCUCUGGGCUGAAUGCAUCUACAUUGAAGGAGUACGAAUAUGAACAGGAAACUACAUCUAGAGUUUAGAAGAAACAACUUACUUGAUUGGAGACGGCUUUGUGAAUAAAAACAAGAUUGUACACUAGUGUUUGGUUGAAUUUGUGGCGCAUCAGUUCGAGGAAUGGUACGUAAUUCGACAUUUGAGGAAACGUUUUACUCAAAAGCAGCGUGGCCACAUACUGAACUAAGUUGAUAGUUUGGAGGUGAUGGAUUUCAUUUGGGCUAAUUAUAUACUCUAGGUGUUUGUUGUAUUGUACUGACUAAGCAUGUCUAACCGUGGUUUUGUUUGUUGUGAUGUGUUGCACUACAAUUAAUGUAUAUAAAAAAUGUAUUACAUUUGUUCAGGUAACUCGUCUUUGUAUUUUCUUAAGCAUAUCUAACCCUGCUAAAUUUGCAAAAAUUUCUAGGAGCCAAAUUCACUGUA